AUGGCUCUCGAGUUGUCAGACGCACACGCUAUCCUGCUAGCCACGAUCCUCUGCGCAGGUGGUAACGUGGGUGACCUGCCUGCCUUACAGGCGCAAUUUCCUCAUUGUUUUCCAUUGGAACGCCUCCUGCGCAUUAUCCUGACCUUCCUCCCGGAGAGUACAGAGCCCUCUCACUACACUUCAGUGAUCCAAGAGCUGGUUAAUAGCUCCAAUACGGUGCCCACAGAUCACUCGAUCGAUACUUCGGCCGUUCAAGACCUAUCUGAAUCGGUUGCCCGAAAACGCGUACGGAAGCUUAAUCUACGACCACUGCAACGCCCCGAUGAGGAAGAGGAUGUCGCCUCCGCAGAUCCUCUGACUCAGUUUAUCAUACACCGUGCGCACUUGAUCGACUCGGAAACAGCACUCCAGCCACUCAUUCUCGAACUCGUUCUGCCGUUUUACGAACACUCGCCCAUACUUCGAACAUGGCUGAUUUCAAGCCUAUUACCAUUGCUUCGACUUAACUAUGAAUACUAUGCGCAUCGUGACGAGACAAUAUCACUUGAGAUUUUGGAGUCUAUGGACGAUCAGACGGCCGUCAACAUUCUCUUGUCUUUAAUGAGAUUCGAAGGAAAUAGCAUGGAUUUGGUCAAUAACUUGAGGGGUCUGAUUGGACCUUGGUUUUAUGGUGGAAGUCGAUCAAAACGCCGGAGGCUUAAUGAGGCUGCUGCCCAGAACUCGGUGUCUUUCAUCGAAGGAUCGAAAACUCAGUCCGCUGAAUUGGCUGGUUGGGAACAUGUAAAUGCAUGGCUACUCUCACGAAGUCUUGUGGAUCGUGAGAGUGUUGUGGGUGCAUUUACAGAAUGGGAUGGACCGUCAGAUAUUGACCUGGGAGGGUAUGAAGAACCCGGUACACGAAUGUCGAAGGAACAGGCAACAGAACUGCAAACUCGAUACUGUCAAUCCGGCCUUUCAGUGGUAUAUGCUCAUGCGGAUUCCUCAUUGGCUGUGCUAGAGGGCUCUUUCAAGGUGCUGGAACGUGCAGCCAAGUUACUCGACCUAGAGGAGAGCUUAUACCUAAGUUCUGACUCGGUGCUGCCGUCUAUCCACUAUGACACCGAUUCGAUUUCAUCAACCUCCCGGGCAUCGCUGCUGCAAAAUGCCCUUUUGAGACCGAACAACCCUCUAACCCAACCAUCGCCCUCAUCAAUCUCAUUUCUCAGCGCCUUACUUAUGUCCCUUCGGAUCUUAACCGAGCUUGGUCAUCUGGUCCCUUGUCGUAUUGCAGCAAACAUGUGCCUUCACAGCACCGAGGAGAUGCAACUGGCGGAGCUCAAGAGCGUGGUAAACUCCACCGUCAAACAGCCGAGAUCAUACCAAGAAUGGCAAUCGGUCCGGGAAAGGUUGCUCUGGCUUCGAGACUGGCAGGCCGAACAGUCAGAGGGUUGGGAUGAACCUUCACCAUACCACGGACUCUUUUGGAGAAUUCCGCGCGAGACGGUUGAAACAGAGAUCUUGAAGGCUCUACUAGCAGCCAAAGAGCAUCAAUUGGCCGUGGACCUUUAUACAAGCUCCAAAGAAGCACCUUUGACUGCAUCACAAGUGGAGUCCGCCGUCCAAGAAGCUAUUUUCACCGCGUAUGACAACGCAAGCAAUGGCAACCGAACUCGCGGAGGAAUGAAGAGGGCCUUCGACAUCUUACAAGCAUUUCAACCACACUUCCCUGGCUCUGUUGGGUUUAAACAGAUCCAUGCUCUCAUCGCUGCAACUCACGCCCUCUCAUUUUACUCCCUGACGCUUCAACACGGCGUUCCCUUCCAGCCUGUCAGCAUUCGCGUUCACCACGACCCUCUCGUAUUGAUCGAGAAGGCUUUGGAGCAAAACGCAAAGAGCUACACCAAACUGGAUGAUUUCCUCUCCAUUGGACGCAAUUUAGUAGCCGGAGGCGUGCCUACAAAUUCCACCGUUGAAGCGGAGGAUGAGCCGUCUCACCAGAAGCCCUCAGAGGAAUCCAUCCUUCUCACAGCUGAACGUCGCAUCACUUCCCUGGCAAUCGCCUCCGCCUUAUCCUCAAACGAUUUUGCUACAGCCUACUCCUACAUCCAAACAAGGCUCACACCCCCAUCUCUCCUCUCAACCUCCUCUCCACUCCUCAACACCCCCGCGGUCCCAGACGACAUCUCCUGGCGAGCCGUCUACAACGCCGGCCGCUACCGUUCCACAACCCCAGUCAACCCAUCCCCAACCCUCCAAUCCCAAAUCACCCACCUCUCCCAAAGAAUGGAGCUUCUCUCCUUAGCCCUCAUAUUGGUCCCCUCCCCAGACCCCCUCCCCGAAAUCCUCGGUGCCUGGCGCCGCUGCGACGAAGAACUCUCCUCCCUCCGCGCCCGCGAACAACAAGAAGAAGACCUCUGGGACACAAAGGGCGACAGCCUCUCCUCCGUCCCAGGUGGAUUCGGACCUUCCGACUCAGAGCGCGACGCCUUCGACACCGAACAGCAGCGUGUAGCACGUCGUGCGCGCGCCCGCGCCAACAUGAGCUCACACCACGAAGCCCCCAUGGGUCUUUUCGAAGUUGCGCGCGGUGCCGCCCUUGCCUUACACAAGAAUGCCUUCCCACUGCGCGGAGCAGCGCAUUCCUCACCGUCGGGACCAGGCUCGAAUUCGAACGUCGAUGCUGACGCUGGUGAUGGGGAUCGUCCUCUUUCGCCGGAUAGUGAGAGUCGUGUUCGGAAGAGGGAUAUGGUUAGCAGUAUGGUCACGGGUGGCUUGGUUAGUGGUAUUGGAUGGGUCUUGGGUGCUGAUCCUGUGAACAAGUAA